CGUACGACGUGCAGGCACGUCCCAGCGACGUGUGACGUAGGCAGACUGUGUCCCGCUGCUGGCAGCGAGUUAGUAAAGUGUCCCGGGAACCGAAGGAGGAAACACCGGCGCCACGUUGUCCUGUGAACCGGGAAGAUGCAGACCGACAGCGUGCCUCUGCAGGAGCUGCCCUGCCUCAGCCUGCGGGGCUCCAUGUUGUCCAGGUCCCACCGCGGGAUGAACAAGCGGAAGUCCGGGGGAGAGGAGGGCCUGGGCACCGAGUGCACCCCCACGGAGCUCAUCCUGCAGCAGCGGUCGCCCCGACACAAGCACCAGCGGCUCGGCUGCAGCAGGGGGAAGGAGAACGACUGUGGACACUUCGUCCUGGCGCGGAGGUCGAGGAGGAAGAAGGAGACCCCAUCAGGUAUCUCGUGGGACCACCUGCCUGACGAGCUGCUCCUCAGGAUCUUCUUCUGCCUCCCGCUGCAGGACCUGCUCCGGACGUCUGCCGUCUGCAGGCGCUGGCACCGGUUGGCGUUUGACGAGUCCCUGUGGCUCAGCGUGGACCUGGAGGGGCUGACGGACACGGGCGCCGCUCUGCAGCGCGUCCUGACGACCGGCGUCCGGAGGCUGCGAUGCCCUCGCUCCUUUGUGGAGCAGCCGCACUUCACGGGCUCCGGACCUCUGCAGAUCGUCCAGUUGGAUCUGUCCAGCUCCAUCGUCUCCACCUCGGCCCUGGAGAGCGUCGUCGGUCGCUGCCGGCUACUGGAGCGUCUGAGCCUGGAGGGUCUGCAGCUCUCAGACAACAUCAUCAACUCUCUGGCGUUGAACCAGAACCUGGAGCAGCUCAACCUCAGCGGCUGCUCCGGCGUCUCUGCUGACGCUCUGGCCGACAUGUUCAGAUCGUGCUGCAGCAUCGAGCAGUUGAACGUGUCGUGGUGUGAAUUCAACAGUGAUCAUGUGAAGAGCGUCGUCCACAACCUCGGCGCCGGUGUCACCGAGCUCAACCUCAGCGGCUACAGGGAGAGUCUGACACUGGAUGAUGUGAAGGUGCUGGUGGGACGAUGUCCUCGUAUUCAGACUCUAGAUUUAAGCGACAGCACGCUGCUGAUGGCCGACAGCUUCCCCGUCCUCGCGCAGCUCAAGAACCUGCUGCAUCUGUCCCUGAGUCGCUGCUACCACAUCCACCUCGCCGCUCUCACCGACCUGGGGACGACGUUCCCGCUGCUCGUCCUGCUGGACGUGUUCGGCCUGGUGCAGGACGGUCAGCUGCCGUCCCUGAAGAAGGAGCUGCCUCGCGUCAGCAUCAACUCGCGGCCGUUCUCCAGCGUCGCUCGGCCCACGCCGGCUGGCCGGUUCGUCGGCGACCGUGCCAUGUGGGGCGGCGGGUGUCGGCUCAGGUUCUCGCUCUGAGCCCGGGGCAGGAGGUGGGCGGGGCCACGUCUCAGUGUUUUCGUUGUUGCUGCUACAGAAAAAAAUCUUUCAAUGUUUUCUGGCGUUAUCGGUGCUGAAAGACACAAACUGGACCGAGUCUUGAAAGUACUGAACGCAUCAGUGAGUUCGUUAUUGGAUCCAGUUUCAUGUUGUAAUGUAUUAACUGGAUGUUAACGUCGUCGACGCCUCAGACGUUUGACUGUGAUCUGUUGACAGAACAGUUGAUUUUUUUUUUAAAUCUGAAUAGUUUUUUAUGUGAAAUGAUGUUUUGAUCUGUGGAUUUUAUUCUAAUGAAGAGUUUCAUUCAUGUAUGUUUGACUUUCUGAUGAAAGAAAAGUUUAAUGAUGAUCUCAUCAUGUCAGUGUGGAUGUUGCAAACAGUGAAAUGUCAUGAAAGUCAAGUUUUAAUUUGUAAACUGUUACGUUCAUUUCAAGUAAACCACUGAAUCACUCAAA